UUCCGGGAAAGAGCGCAAGUAAACAGGUUGAAGAUGGACAAGAAUCAAACGUGACACAAAAUAUACUGGAUUCGAAGCCAAAAGCGAUUUUUAGAAAGUUUAUGAUUUUAUUUUGAUCAUUUCUGGUUAUUUAUUUAAUUCAUAGAAAAGGGUUUGAUGCGUUUGCCGGGAAACAAAAGGAAACUCCAUCGAAUUGGCAGAAGAAAAUAUUUUAUUCCAUAAUAUGAUGCGAUACCGUGACAAUACUAAAAUGAUAAUAUCUGCAAUACUUCUAUAUCUGCUUCUUCUGUCACAUCAAACAGUGUCAGAAGAGCAGGUGCGAGAGAAGGGUGAGAAUACUAUACUAGAGUGUCUUGACCAGCCAGUUAACACGUCUUCACUUUAUCGUUGGAAGAAAAAUGGGACUGUUGUUGCAACCCAAAACCCCUCUAAGCUAUCAGAGCAUCUUUCCAUUUCAAACAAUGGGUCUCUUCAGAUCAGUGCCCUUCAGAAUACAGAUGAAGGCCAGUAUGAAUGUGAAUCCCAAACAAAGGAUGGCAGCUCAUGGCAAACUCACUCAAACAUCCUGCUUCGAGUUGCCGAGGGUCCAACUAGUGUCUCACUGGCCGUAAAACCAGCAACUCUCCUACCGAAUGGAACAUUAUAUGUCCAGAAAGGUUCAGAUGUGUAUUUGAACUGCUCCAGUGAGUCUUUUCCCACUCAAAACUUGACAUGGACUGUUGAAGACUUAGCGCUGGACAAUUAUGACAGGGCGUCUGGGAACAAAUCGUUCCUUGGGUUCUCCAUAGAAAACAUCCAACCAAGCGAUCAAGGGAUCUACACCUGUACAUCCCAAAAUACACUCUCCAAGACAACUGUGAACAAGAGCCAGGAGCUGCUAGUUUACUAUGCUCCGGAGAGGCAUCCAGAGUGCCUUUGGGAGGUAGUAAGCGAGCCAUCCGAUGUCUUGUUCAUAUGUAGUUGGUUUGGCGGUUACCCUGUGCCCACUCUGGACUGGCAUGAGGUCCUUGAAGAAAGUGUAAUAGCCAAGGGUCCCACGAUUAACUCCACAUCACAGAAGACAGAACUUUUGAAGGUCCACGUGAAUAGGUUUAUAUUGUGUGAUGGAGAGGAAGUUAAGUGCAUUGGACAUCAUGUGACUGGAGUGAACAGUUCCUGCUCCUUUAAGCUCAAGAUGCCAUAUCCAGUAGGAGAUCCGAUGGUAACCGCUCUGAAGGGGAGUAAUAUCACUAUCAGCUGUACAGAGGUUGACUCUCUGCCACCAGCUAAGACUGUCUGGAUGCGAAAGGACAAAAUCAUUAACACCACCUCCAAAUAUAUUGUGUCUGAUAAUAACCCCAACUACAAACUCACUAUAAUCAAUGUAACAAAGGAGGAUGAAGGGACCUACUUCUGCCACAGUGAAAACCCUCUUGGCAGAAGAGAGCUGGAAGUCUAUCUGACUGUGAAGACCUCUGCAGGUAAUGGAGGGGCCGUAGUUGGUGUCUUUGUUUCCAUUUUAAUAAUGAUGAUUGGAAUCACUGUCGGUGUGACAGUAUAUUCAAAGCGAGAUAGAAUUUGUAUUGGUUUAGGAUUUAGUCAUUUAGAUGAUGACAGAGGGGAUGUACUGAGUUUAGUAGACUCAGAUGAAGAGGAAAUUUUCAGUGAUACUGUUCCACAACUCCCUCCGGUGACAAACGGACAUGCAACCACACACGUUGAGAUUCACAGAAUACCGUCCAGUUAUCAUGAUGAUAAUGCAGACAGUACCAUUCAAACACAUCCAGACCAAACAGAACCAGUACAACAGACAGAAGACUAUUAAUUACCCGUUUAAAUGUACAGAAAAUCAGUUCUUCUAAAUGGUCAAUUAUGCUAAAUUAUUUGUGUGUUUGUUUUUGUGUGAUAUUAUCCUUGUAUAAUAUUCAAGCAAUCUGUGUAAAGUGUAAAGGUCUUAAAGUCAUUUUAGAAAGGCCCUGUUUUUAUUUUCAGUAUUAGUUUGUAAUAUACUGGCCUUGUGAAAUCAAAACUUUUAAUACUACAUAAUACAGUAUGUUGGUGAACUGUGUUAUAAAAUACUUGAACUGGUUUGAAUAAUGCUUUCCGUAAAAAAUGUUUGGGUGAAUCUCGAAAAAAUACGUCUGGGUCAUAUUUUGUGGAAAAUAAUAAUAAUAAAAAAUA